AUAUCGUUGUUGUGUGUUGCGGUGGUGCGUGCGUGCAUGCGAAGAGACAAAAAAAAAAGAAAAACAGGAUAGAAUAGAGAGAAAGAGAGAGAGAGAGGGAGACGAUAAGACGUGCCUCUAUCUUGUGCAUUUCGCGCGAAGGUGGUGCGGAAGAUGCGCGCGUGCCGAUAACGAUAAGACCGCCGCAGGGAUGUGCCUAGCGGGGGGCACUUGGGCCCCCCUGCUGUUGGCGCUCGUGCUGUGCCUGCGUGCCGGCCGAGUCGAUGGCAAGAAUGAUAAUUACCAGAUGAGCGACAUCUGCAAGAAAUACUACCUGCGGGAUCUCUACAGGAAGAUAGACGGCGCCGUUCUUACUUCGCAAAAUGAGAGGGAGCUCGAUUGCACCAUCACUUUCCAGACUCACAGCAUCCUCCAGCGGUUCAUGCUCCGAUUCGAUCAGUUGCAGUUAGACUGCAACGAUCAUCUCUACAUCUACGAUGGCGCGCACGCGGUCGGCAGUUACAAGGCGGACCUAUCUUGCAGAAACACGAAGCAGACCGUGGGCGCGAUUUAUACGCGCACCAACUUCGUGACGUUGAGAUACGUCACCGACGCCUGGGGCACCAAUAUGAACGGCUUCCGCCUCGUCAUCACAGCGGUCAAAGAUCCGAAGCACACCUGCAAGGACUUCCGGUGCACUCAAAAUGAAUUUUGCAUCGAGACGGAUCUUCUUUGUGACGGUGUGAACCACUGCGGCGACGGAUCCGACGAGGCUACCUCCACCCUCUGUGCCAACUCCGAGGCAUCGACGAUCCUAGGCAUGCAGACCACUUGGUUCGCCGUCGCCCUUGUUUUUCUGAUACUCAGCAUGGGCGGUCUGAUAAUGGUGGCGGUUCUCUGCUUUUGCAAGCAGCGUGUUCCUACCCCGAGGCAUCCCCAUAACGCGCACAAUGCUCAGUCUCAUCCCCCAGUCAGCUUCCCAUUGCAACAGAUGUACGGAUCGAACGGAGCAAGCGUCGGACUACCAAUGGGAAUGACCACACUGAAGGGAACUGGUACACUGGGGACCCUGGGGAACUACGGCUCGGGGAUCGCGCCCGGGGUAACGGGGGCCACGACCCUG